GCAGCAGAUUUUGAGCAUAGAAAAUUACAAAUUCACUUUGUUUUGAUUCUUAUAUCCAUCCGCCCUUCAAUCCUUGUUGUUGUCAAGAUGAAGCCGUUCAAAGUUUUGCAAUUACUGAUCUUAACUUUGUUAACAUCAUCAAUAGAAGCUCAGCUCGCCAAGCCACGUUGUGAUACAGCCUGUGGGGAUGUCCAGAUUACAUAUCCAUUCGGGAUUGGACGAGAAUGUUCUGCCAACGAAUGGUACACAAUUAACUGUAAUUCCUCCACACCGUAUCUAUCUGCACUCAACAACGUAGAGGUAUUCGUAUUGGAUAUAAACUUGGCAACUGUCACUGUUAAUAUCUCAGUAAUUAGUGUUGAUUGCCAGAAUCCAGUCCAGCAUAGCCAUCUUAUUCUAAACACCAGCUAUGGCAAUAGCCCCUUCUUAUUUUCCGCAUCCAAUAACAUACUUAUUGUUAAUGGGUGUGGCAGUGCCGCCAUCAUGGAGAAUGGCACUGUUGUUGGUGGUUGUUCCACAACUUGUGGAACAACCACUAACACUGGUACUGACACUGAUACAAACAACUGCUUUGGCAUUGGUUGUUGCCAAACUACAAUUCCUCAUGAUCUCCACUCGUUUACCUUGAACCUAACAGGGAUGGAAAAGCAAGAUAGAGAUGGAACCUGCAGUGGGUCUGCUUUCUUGGUGGCUGCAGAUUAUGCAGGAGAAUUUUCCAGCCAAUCUAACGACAAUUUCGCUCCUAUCUCACUUUCAUGGAAUGAAACAUUCGAUGAAAAUUUAAUAAGAUGCAACGAGACAUGUGGGGAUGUCUCGAUUCCUUACCCUUUUGGGAUUGAAAGAAGUUGUUCAGAGAGUGAUUGGUUCAAUGUUGAUUGCAACUCCUCGACACCUUACUUAUCCGCGUUCAACAAUUUAGAGGUUUUGGGUUUUAGUUUGGAAAAUGAAACACUCACUGUUAAUGUUCCAAUGUUUUCUGAUUGUGAAAAUCUAGUCUAUAAUAACAGCCUUAACCUCAACGGAAGUCCCUUCCGAUUUUCCGGAUCUUACAACAUACUUGUGGUUGAGGGGUGUGGUAGUGCUGCUAUUAUGUAUAAUGGGAGUGUUGUUAGUGGUUGUUCAACAACUUGUGGCAAUGACAUUGUUAUUGAAAAAAACAACUGCUUUGGCAUCGGUUGUUGCCAAACUAUGAUUCCUGAUUAUCUCCGGUCGUUUACCUUCGAUCUAACAGGUUUGAAAAGGCAGACUGGAAAUAAGAGCUGUGGGUCUGCCUUCGUGGUGGAUAUGAAUUUAUUCAUUGAAGGAAGAAUUUCACAACAAUUUGUUCCAGUAACACUUGGGUGGUGGUUGGAUCCUGGAUUAUUAAUAGCAGCAUGCGAUUGGUGUCAACGUUAUGGGGGGUUUUGUCAACAUAAUUACACCGAAGGUGGGGGCUGGAGCAGGAGGUGUAUAUAUCGUGAAAGAAGGAAUACAGAAUCACAUACUGGUGUUAUUGAAGGUGUUAGUAUAAGCAUGGGGUCACUUCUCCUAAUGGUGAUUGUUUAUGUAUUAUACACAAUAAAUAGGAAAACUAAAGCAAGAUGAAGACUAAAAGGUACUUUAAGCGCAAUGGUGGUAUACUUCUUAAACAACAACAAGCAACUAAUAUGGUUUAGUUGACAAAACCAUAC